AAUAACACAACCACUGUUGCGUUUGACGCCAUCACACCACAGCUGGAGCUCCAAAACAACUUGUUUUCAUCAAUAGAUCCACACAGAAGAACUGAGGGAACAAGCGUCUAUACAUGCAAAUGGCUGGAACACAUUUCUUAUCUCUGAGCGACAUACAAAAACAUGGAAAUACAUUGCACGCCAGGGGGCCGGAGGAGGCCUGGAGAAAUGAAUGAAUGAGCGAUGACGAUGAUGACGAUGAAGACGAUGAUGACGAUGACGGCGAUGAUGAUGUCUCAUAAGAAGUGAGCGACAAGGAAUUGAUCCUCCCCAUGUGGCCCCCAACAGGUCCCUAGUUCAUCCUAAAUCUUAUAAAUCCACCCACUGUGCAAGCAUUUCUAUAGGCGCACGUUCUGGGACCCUCUCUGGUUGACGCCGUACCUGAGACAGUGGAGUUUGACUUGGCUCCUGCUCCUGUAGAGGCACCAUGGCGGACUAUGUGUACAACACGACCAACUCCACUACCCCCACCUACCCCCUCAACCACACGGGGGCGCUCAACGCCACGCACGCCCCCUUCAGCCCGUUCGAAGGCUGCGAGCUCAUGGCCGAGGGCAUCCUGUUCGACCUGAUCGUGCAGUGCGUCAACGUGGUCAUGGGCAUCCCCGCCAACAUACUGGUGAUCGUCGUCCUCCUGCGCAACCGCAAGGAGCCCUCCACCUCCGACCUGUUCCUGGGCUGCCUGGCCUUCCUGGACAUCUACUACGGCGCCAUGGUGCCCAUCAACAUCCUCAACCUGUACCACUGGGAGAGCUACAAGGUGUGGCUGUCCGUCAAGUUCUCCUACGGCGUCAAGGACACCAGCGGGCCCCUGUUCCUGUCCUGCAUCUGCUUGGACCGCUUCGUGGCCGUGCUGUUCCCCAUCGCCUUCGGCACCCUCCGGGCCCCCCGCUACCGCAUCAGCCUCUCCACGCUGGUACUGGGCCUCACCUUGGCCUACGCCUCGGCCAAGACGGUGGGCGACCUGCCCAACUUUGAGAAGGUGUUCACGGGGGAGAUCCUGGCCGUGUUCGUGUGGAUGAUCGUGUGCAACGCCGCCAUCCUGCUGGCGCUGAAGAGGUCCCGCGGCGCGGGCAAGGACGCGAUGCACCCCAUGAAGAAGAAGGCCUUCAAGAUGGUGCUGGCCAUCCUGGUGCUCACCGUGUGCAACUACCUGCCGCCCGUGGCCCUGUUCCCCUUCGAGGACGCCUACGCGCCCGACGUGUUCCGCUGCUACGUGCAGCCCGUGGGGUUCGCAUUCCUCAACAUCAGCAGCAGCACCCAGCCACUCAUCUUCCUGUCCCGGCUGGAGAGGUCGUCCUUCCUGCCCGAGUGCUGUGUGAAGUGGUGUUUCCCCGUACCGGUGAAGCAGGAGGAAGGGAAGUCCCAAGCAACAGUCAGUACAAGCGUCUGAAGCCUCGCCUGCCUGAAUGUGAAGACGAGGUGUAGGUGGUUUGCCUAAAAGAUGAGCUACACUCAUCUUUGCCCAAACAACACUAGAUAGUGUUGUUCAGGAUGGAAUAUGCAGGGUGAAUGUGUUUGAUUUUGUUUGGCCAUUAUUAUCAUUUGUGUUUGUGUCUUUGUAUACAGCUCUUUGAUUGUAAAGUAUAUGUGGUCUAUAUUUAAUUCAUUUGAAUGUAAUAUUGUAUUGUAAAUAUUUUCAAAGAACUGUCAAUUGAGCAAUAAUAAAAAACAAUCAUGUUUCAUAACCUCUUGGAACCACUGUUGGCCGUACAGUUCUGUAUGACUGCAGCGCCAUCGUGUGUUCAAUAAUAAAACUACACAGACUCGAUUUGCAAUCCUUCAUUGUGUAAAAAAAAAUCAAAGUGACAGCAGUGAUCUCCUUACAAUUUAACUAUUUCCAUGAAUUGUUUCCCUAAAUGUACAUGAGGAGCAGAGGUGAUUUGAUCAAUUGCAAACACAUAACAAACAAUUGUGUUAAAAAAAGAUCCCUACAUAGCCUACAUGUCCUUGUUAAAGUGCAAAUAUCAUGGUUCAACGACACUGACGUCCCUACUUCACUUGUUAUACCAUGAUGGCAAAAACUAUAGUCCCCACAAAAAGCAAAUUUCUGUCAAGUUGACAGAAUUACAACUUAUCCACACAUCCCGUGGUGGAUUUGCUGUCAUAUAACUUGCGCAGAUCCUUCUUUAUUCAAAGCCGUUAGCAUCACACUCUCUGGUAAGAUUCUCAGUGGAUGCUGGCUGUGGGUGUAAAAAUACGGAAG